CCAAACUACCACGAGCGCAAGCGAGCAGAGCGCCGCGGUGACAUCACAAACACAGGAAGCUAGUUAGCUGCUCUGCCCGCCUCAGCAUCAGCUCGGCUGCACCUGCACGGGGGGGUGGUUUGGGUUGGGACAUCACCGGCAGCAGCAGCCGCAAGGUCACGCUCCCUCGCGCAAGCUAAGCAGGAUGAUGCUCGCGUACAUGGACCGCGCGGCGGCGGCGGCCGAGCCGGAGGACGCCGGGGAGCCGGCGGCCGUGGCGGCCGGGUGCGCGGCGGCUACGGACUUCGGCGGGCUGGUCAGCGCCAUGCCGGCGGCGGUGGUCCGCCCCGCGAGCGCGGACGACGUGGCCAACGCCAUCCGCGCGGCGGCACUGACGGCGGGCCUCACCGUGGCCGCCCGCGGGAACGGGCACUCGGUGGCCGGGCAGGCCACGGCGGAGGGCGGGCUGGUCCUGGACAUGCGCGCGCUGGCGCUGUCCCGGCGCCCGCAGAUGCAGCUCGUGGGGUGCCCCGGCGGGGGCGGGCCCUGCUUCGCCGACGUCCCCGGCGGCGCGCUCUGGGAGGAGGUGCUCCACUGGGGCGUCAAGACCCACGGCCUCGCCCCGGCGUCCUGGACCGACUACCUCCGCCUCACCGUGGGCGGCACGCUCUCCAACGGCGGCGUCAGCGGGCAGUCCUUCCGCUACGGGCCCCAGGUGUCCAACGUCGCCGAGCUCGAGGUGGUCACCGGCAACGGCGAGUGCCGCGUCUGCUCGCCCUCCUCCCACCCGGACCUCUUCUUCGCCGUGCUCGGCGGGCUCGGCCAGUUCGGCGUCAUCACCCGCGCCCGCAUCCCCCUCCGCAGGGCGCCCCAGCAGGUGCGGUGGGCGCGCGUGGUGUACGCGAGCUUCGCCGAGUACACGGCGGACGCCGAGUGGCUGGUGACGCGGCCCCCCGACGCGGCCUUCGACUACGUGGAGGGCUUCGCCUUCGUCAACAGCGACGACCCCGUCAACGGGUGGCCGUCCGUGCCUAUCCCCGGCGGCGCCCGCUUCGACCCGGCCCUCCUCCCCGCCGGCGCCGGCCCCGUCCUCUACUGCCUGGAGGUGGCCCUGUACCGGUACCCCGACGACGAGGACAAGGCGGCGGCCGUGAGCCGGAUGAUGGCGCCGCUGAAGCACGUGCGGGGCCUGGAGUUCGCGGCGGACGUCGGGUACGUGGACUUCUUGUCCCGCGUGAACCGGGUGGAGGAGGAGGCCCGGCGCAACGGCAGCUGGGACGCGCCGCACCCCUGGCUCAACCUCUUCGUCUCCGCCCGCGACAUCGCGGACUUCGACCGCGCCGUCAUCAAGGGCAUGCUCGCCGACGGCAUCGACGGGCCCAUGCUCGUCUACCCCAUGCUCAAGAGCAAGUGGGACCCGAACACGUCGGUGGCGCUGCCGGAGGGCGAGAUCUUCUACCUGGUGGCGCUGCUGCGGUUCUGCCGCGGCGGCGGGCCGGCGGUGGACGAGCUGGUGGCGCAGAACGGCGCGAUCCUCCGCGCGUGCCGCGCCAACGGGUACGACCACAAGGCCUACUUCCCGAGCUACCGCGGGGAGGCGGAGUGGGCGCGCCACUUCGGCGCCGCCAGGUGGAGGCGCUUCGUGGAGCGCAAGGCCCGCUACGACCCGCUGGCGAUCCUCGCGCCGGGCCAGAAGAUCUUCCCCAGGGCCCCGGCGUCCGUCGCCGUGCAGCUGUAGCAGCGGUGGGCGCGGGGCGAGGACCAGCGCCAGGAUGGAGGAAGGAAGGAUGAUCCCCCCGGGUAAUGAUGGUGAUUACGCCGCUGAUCCUGGUGAUGAUGGGCGAUCGAGGAGGGCUACCGGGCCGUGGCGAGCAGGGCAAUGAUGGCGAUCGGGCCACCGUUUAGGUGCGUCCGGUCGAUCUUGGGGGUGGCUGCUGCCCAAAGGGAUUGGUGUGCGUGCGAGCGUGUGGUGUGCGUGGAGAUCUGCAUGAAUUUGCCAUGGAGAAAGGAGAAAAGUAUGAAGGCGCAGAGGAAAACGAAAGCUGUAGCCUUUUCCUCCCC